GUUUCAUGAUCCAGUAACUGGUCAAGAUGGUCAUACAUAUGAGCGAGAUGCAAUUACAGUAUGGCUCACGGAACAUGGUACGAGUCCAAUGACACGUGAACCAAUGGCUAUCGAUUCGUUACGACCAAAUCAUGCUGUCAAAAAAUUAAUCGAUGAAUUCAGAUCAUUGUCAUCACGAAAAGAUUUCUUGUUCAAACUUGGUAUUGAUAUAAGGAGAACAGAAAGACGACCAAUUUUUCAAACACCUGGUAAAAUAAUCUAUAAAGCUGAAUGGAUAUCAAAACCUGGCCCUGCUGUUGUUCUAAUCAACAUUGAAGGCGCUAAAGCAGAUCGAGAAGCGUCAUAUUAUGUUAAACUUGGUUGUCAUCCUCAUAUUGUACAUACAUAUGGUAUGGUUAAAAAUGAUUAUAAUUCUCUUAUGCUUGUACAAGAAUAUGCAAACGAAGGCAACCUUGGACAACUUUUAAAAGAAUACGAAUUUCGACCAUCACAGCCAGUUUUAUUAGAAAUAUUUUUACAAAUUAUCGAUGCAAUGAUGUAUCUUGCUAAUUAUGGUAUUGUUCAUGGUGACUUAGCUUGUCGUAAUAUACUUGUUUUUCGAUUCAAUGAUGCUGAUCCUCAAGAAAAUUUCGUCAAGUUGACCGAUUUCGGUUUAACACGUGCCAGUACAUUGUAUUCCGUUGUUAGUAGUACAACAUCGACCAAGUUUGUAGUCGUUCCUCUGAGAUAUGCUGCACCUGAAAUUCUUCAAAGUGCAGGCUUAUCAAAUUAUUCUGAAAAAUCAGAUGUGUAUUCAAUGGGCAUUUUGAUGUGGGAAGCUUGUUCACAAGGGCAAUUACCAUAUGCAUCAAUUGAAAAUGAUGAUGAAGUUCGUCAACAUAAACUCAAUGGAGAAAUCCUAAGUCAACCUGACAAUUGUAAUGAAGGAUUAUGGAACAUAAUUGUUCGUUGUUGGCAUCUACAAUCAAAAGCUCGUCCAACAUUUAAAAUGUUGAAGCAAUCAUUGUUGGAACUACAAAUACAGCUAACAGCUAGGUAUACUCUUAGAAUACUUUAA